CCCUCAUCCACAUACGUUGCAUUCUCCCAUAGCCAUGGCCGACGCACUGAAGCCACUGGACCCGCAGGAGGUCGCUGAGGCGCUCUCCAAGCCUCCCUUUGUACAGGUCUCGGGUGUGAUAAACAUACGCGAUCUGGGGAACCUACCCUCGGCUGCAUACCCUCCCCAGCGCACCAAGCCUCACUACAUGUACCGCUCCGCCGAGCUCUCGAGCAUCACGGAUGAAGGGAAGGCUCAGCUCAGAGCGCUCGGAGUGACCACCGUCUUCGAUCUGCGGUCAGACACUGAGAUGGAGAAAUACCACUCCCCGAUUCCGGUCAUUGAGGGCGUCGAGAUCAAGCGCACCCCCGUCUUCGAGAAAGAGGACUACAGCCCUGAGAUGAUGGCGAAACGAUUCCAGCUGUACGCGAGUGGGAAGACUGAGGCCUUCAUGGAACUGUACUCCCAGAUCAUGGAUCACGCCGGCUCUUCGUUUGGUACCAUCUUCCGCCACGUUCGCGAUAGGCCAUCAGAUGGCUUUCUCUUUCACUGCACCGCCGGCAAGGACAGGACAGGUGUCCUUGCCGCCCUUUUGCUGAAGCUUGCAGGCGUCGACACCGAGCUCAUCGCGCAAGAUUAUGCCCUCACACGAAUAGGUCGCGAACCAGCAAGGGAAAUGAUAAUGCAGCGCCUGUCACAGGAGAACUUGUUCGCCUCCAACAAGGAAAUGGCUCUCAACAUGCUGUCUUGCAGAGCGGAUGUUAUACCCGCAUUCUUCACAAUGCUAGACCAGAAAUACGGGGGAGUCGAGGCGUACCUCAAGAAAUACCUGGACCUAACAGAUGACGAUAUCACGGUCAUCCGGCGGCACCUACUUACCCUUCCCAAUAAUCUCUGAUUCUGGCAUCUUGGCGUAAUCAUAUCCUCAGUACUACUCGUAAUGUUCAGCCGUAUGCAUCAUGGCCGUGACAAGGGAGCCACAUCAUAAACAGUACAAAGUGCGCGCGCGGGUAAUAACUAUGUACAAAGAAUCCAUGCAAAAAAAUGCAAGCCUCCCCACACCACAAUACUACUUCCUCCCCAAAUUCAAAGGCACCCUCUUCGGCUUCGCAGCCUGUCCCCCUGACCCGCUCGACUGCUGCGACGACUGCGACGACAUCACACUCGACAGCAGGCCCGUCUGCCCCCUCGCCCUCGGGUUCAAUGGAGACAGCGCCCCACCGCCCCUUUGCUGCGCCGGCGGGCUCGCCUGGGGGUUCACAGUUGCCG